AUGUUAGCUAUGCCAUCCAUCCCCGCCCCUCCGCCCUCCGCCCGCUCCGCACAUGGUCAAACCAGCAGCAUGAAGCCUGGGGACAACCCAAUCCCCAGCAUCACCACCGCCUUCUCCAACGCGCCCGAGCUCGGCCGACUCUCAGUCGAUGAAGGAAUGCCUCAGGCAGAGCGCUUUAUGCAGAUGGAUGGCCAUCGUGAGGACGGUCACUCGUCCGUCUUAUACCAUCUCUUCCUGUCGCAGGCAUCAAAGUGGGCUCUUCCCCUUCCUGGUGUGGGUUGCAGCGUCCUUUCACCAGCACGCCGCCAUCCGCGAUUGGUCUGGACACUGUCUUCCUCUUUCGACUGUGCAUCCGUGUGCUUCGCCCUUCGAGAAGCACAGGUGAACCAGAUGGCUACCAAGGCCCUGCUGCCCCUGUCCCUGUCCUGCGCAUCAACCGCUGCCGCAAGACAUGCCGCCCGUCGACUUUGGCGCCUUGGCCAUGACCAUCAACACCACCGCGUCCCAUCUGGCGCAGCCAUGCCAUGCACCGGAUCGCAUCCGGGGCCCUCCUGCCUCUGCAUCAUCAUGGAGUCUCUUGCUGCUGUAUCCACGCCGCCACCAAUACCCACGCCGAUUCUGUACCACACUUGA